CCUACGUAAAUUGCGUAUUUCCGCUUUUAUCGGUACGUCCUUCCUUUUGAGAGCGUAGCUGGACAGAGCGAGGAAGAAAUGCUGGCCACCAGAGCCCUCAGAGCCCUCAAUCUCGUUGGCAAACGUGCCAUCUCUACAUCUGUCUGUGUACGAGGUGGACAUGGUGUUGCCAAGGCGGAGGACUACACUCUGCCUGCCUACAUUGACAGCCAAGUUUGCCCCCUCCCAGAAAUCCGCUAUGUGCAGAGUCUGAGUGCAGACCAGAAGUCCCUGAAGGAGAAGGAGAAGGGCACCUGGGCUUCUCUCUCUGAUGAGGAAAAGAUUGCAUUGUACCGCAUCAGCUUCAAAGAGAGCUUUGCAGAGAUGUCUCAGGAAUCGGCAGAGUGGAAAACUGUGGUUGGCGGGGUGUUUUUCUUUGUGGGCUUUACUGGCCUGAUUGUGCUCUGGCAGAGAAAAUUUGUGUAUGGACCAGUCCCACACACAUUUGAUGCCGAGUACAAAGAAAAGGAGCUACAGAGGAUGCUGGACAUGAGAAUGAACCCAGUGGAGGGCAUCUCCUCCAAGUGGGACUAUGAAAAGAAGCAGUGGAAAAACUAAAGCACCAAGAGGACCAUAACACAUACUUGAAAGUAGACCAACUCAAAGAUACAUGAAAACAUUCAUUUCUGUACUUCUCUAUUGUCCACAUUACCUCAGAUUGUGCAUUUGGAAGACCUCUUCCUCUUAAGGUCGUUAUGUAUUAUAGAAAUAAGAAUAAAGUUUAAAACAAA